UCCCCCUUGUGGAGACAUGUGGCCAUUCCCCCGGAAGCCGCGUGUUCACUAUGUCGCUGGAGAGUUUGCGCUACAGCCGGGGGUCUCUGCAGGUGCUGAACCAGCUGCUCCUACCACAGCUCAGUCAGUAUGAGCCGGUGACCGGCGUGCGGGACGGGGCAGACGCCAUCAGGACCAUGAAGGUGCGCGGUGCUCCGGCGAUCGCCAUCGUGGGCUGCCUCAGCUUGGCGGUGGAGCUGACCUCCAGCCCCCCACAGCAGACGGCCGACCUCCUGGCGUUCGUCCGUGAAUCGUUGGCUCUCUUGGUGGGCGCCAGGCCCACCGCAGUCAACAUGAAGAAGGCGGCAGAUGAGCUCAGCGCGUUCCUGGCGGAGGAGGCGGAGAAGCCGGGGGUCACCGUCCAGGAGCUGACUGACAGUGUGAUCCGGUGGGCAGAAUCCCUCCUGGAGAAAGACGUCAAAGACAAUCGUAUGAUCGGGGACCUGGGGGCCCAGCACAUCCUGCAGACCGCCGGCGCCCCGGGUGGGGUGGUGAUAAUGACCCACUGCAACACCGGCUCACUGGCCACCGCCGGCUAUGGCACUGCCCUGGGUGUGGUGCGUUCCCUGCAGGCAAUGGGGCGCCUGUCCCACGUCUUCUGCACGGAGACCCGUCCUUAUAACCAGGGAUCCAGGCUGACGGCGUACGAGCUGGUGUACGAGAAGAUCCCGGCCACCCUCAUCACAGACAGCAUGGCGGCAGUGUCCAUGAGGGAACGUCAGGUUACCGCCGUUGUGGUGGGCGCCGAUCGUGUGGUCGCUAACGGCGACACCGCCAACAAAGUUGGAACAUACCAGUUGGCCGUCCUUGCCAAGCACCACGGGAUACCCUUCUGUGUGGCGGCGCCAAGCACUUCCUGCGACCUCAGCUUGCCUACAGGUGGCAGUAUUGUCAUAGAGGAGAGGCCCGCCCAAGAGCUGACCGACAUCAACGGCGUCCGGGUGGCGGCUCCAGGUAUCGGGGUGUGGAACCCCGCGUUCGACGUCACUCCGCAUGAACUGAUUACUGCCAUAAUCACAGAGCGCGGAGUCUUCAAACCGGAGGAGCUGAAACACGGACUGAGCCGAGGCCUUUAAAACGGCGUGCCCCUCCGAUCCUGCCCCCUCUGAGGUUUUAUUGAGCCCCCCCUUACAAGUGCUAUAUCUUUCCUUAGGACCUCCCUUCCUUCCUGUGAUCUGGUGGCUUGAACUCAGGAAGUGUUGUCAUGGGGACACCACAGCGGAUAAAGUAAUUGCUAGAAAUGUUCAUGUGCAAUAAAAUGUGCGUUAUUUUGGGUGA